CGACAAAGUAUGGAGGAUAGCCUGUCAACUUUCUUUCACGACUGUUUUACUGUAAGGAUUGUCCAGAAUCAUAACCUUGACUUGAAAAUCAACGCAGGAUUCGUUGAUCCAAAGCAAGUCUAUUAACAGGUACUCCCUCGACCAGAGACUUUUAUUUUAUUCCAAGUACGGCCGGUUCCUGUUCACUCUUUAUUAUCAACUACUAAUAAUCUCCUCGCCCAAUCACCAACUCAACUUCUGCUCAACUGUCAAUGCUGAGUUCUAAUACACCCUUUCAACCCCAAAACGUCGAUUUUUCUCUUCAGCAAACAUGCAAAUACGCGUCCGCCACGGAGGUGAAGACCAUGAACAUGGUCACGAUAUGACUGAUAUGCCCGCUACGGCCUCUACGACUGAUAAUGCCGCUGUACCCGCUAUGGCUGAUAUGCCUGGUAUGACUGCAAUGCCUGGAAUGGAUAUGUCAAGUGGCCACGCCCACGCAGACAUGAAAAUGGCAGCGUCUGAAAUGUCCAUGACAUUUUUUCAAUCUCGACACACCUCGCUGUAUUCGAACGACUGGACACCAAGGUCUUCCGAACAGUUUGCUGGGACUUGUGUUUUUCUCAUCCUCUUGGCCGUCAUAUUCCGGGUUCUCUUAGCAUUGAAAGCGUGGAAAGAAGCAGCAUGGAUGGAUGCAGAAUAUAAUCGACGAUAUGUUACCGUGGCUGGAAGGGGAACCAAGGGGGAUCGAAUGUCAACGGAUUCCGAUGGCAAGCGUAUGGUUUUGUCGGCGAAUGGUGCUGAGGAGGGAGUUGUAGUUGUGAAAAAGAAUGGAAUGGCUGGUCGUCCUUGGAGGUUCACUGUCGAUCCAAUUCGAGCUUUCAUCGAUACAACUAUUGCUGGUACUGGUUAUCUUCUGUAAGAAUUCCUUAAAACUCAUUCUCUUUGAAUAAGUUUCUAAUAACUCUGCAGUAUGCUGGCAGUCAUGACCAUGAACGUCGGAUAUUUCCUUUCUGUACUUGGUGGAACAUUCUUGGGCAGCCUCGCCGUGGGACGAUACAUGACCACGGGUGAACACUAGACACACAGACUAGUCAAGGCGAUUGAAGAUCAUGAUUCUAAGUUUCGUUUGGAGUUUUGGUGUUGAAUUUUGGCUUGGGCUGAGGUUACUGUUCUUGGAAGUGCAGUCGAUGAUAUGAUUCGUUACAAAAACCAAAAAAAGGAGAAAACCAGUUCUUAAAACAGAGGCGGUUGUAUGGAGACAUUGUACAUAUUGAACAAGCAAAAGUGUACACACAUAGACAAAUUCUAGAUAACUGCUUGCAAAUCACUUGUCACAAUAAACCAUCAUGUUUUCAA